AUGAUUAAAUUGUGCGCAAAAAAUGGCGCAAUGAUGCGACGAGUGAAACGCGGAAAAAUUGGACAAGCAAAAUUGAUAUUUCUUGUUAAUGAGAAUAAACAACUUCGAUAUCAUACACUUGGCUAUUCGAGAAUUAUUUCAUCAAAACAAAAAACAGUAAAAAUUGAUCAAUUAAUUGAGAUACGUCAUGGAUUUGGUACUGAUCAGUUGCAAAAAGCAGCAAAGAAAAUAUCAUUUCAACAAAUUGCACCUGAAGAAAAUUGUGUUUCGUUGAUCGUUCGACAAAAUGGAAAAAAUAAGCAAAAGACAAUCGAUUUUAUUGCUGCAACUUUAAGUGAUAAAAGAAUAUUUGUGGAUGCUUUACAGUAUAUUAUUGAUAAGGAAGAUGCUAAAUUGAUUGAUUUUAAUGAGAAACAAUGGAUCAUUGAUAAGUUUCAUGCAUUGGAUACAAAUCAAACAGGUAUGAUCGUAAGGUAA